AACAAACAAACAAACAGAAAGACAUAAGACUUAAAGCUAAAUAUAAUAGUGAGCGAUUCUCCAGACAGAGGUUUGUGUGAGGUUGCAUUGCACUGAUCUCGUCUGAACACACGAAGGCUCCACCUCUCUAGAUCUCGAGCCUCACACACUCCCUCCCUCACGUCACACGACUCCGCCACAUUCAUCUCCACCCGCAGAAGCCAUGAUGCAAGAAGGGCUGGACGAUGGUCCCGAUUUUCUCUCCGAAGAGGAUAGAGGAACGAGAGCAGUGAAUGUGGAUCUUCAGACUGACGCUACACUACAAGUGGACAUUUCAGAUGCUCUGAGCGAGCGAGACAAAGUCAAGUUCACCGUCCAUACAAAGAGCACUCUUCCUAAUUUCAAGCAAAAUGAAUUCUCAGUGGUGAGACAACACGAAGAGUUUAUUUGGCUUCACGACUCCUUUGUGGAAAAUGAAGAAUAUGCCGGUUAUAUUAUCCCACCCGCUCCUCCGAGACCAGAUUUCGAUGCGUCACGUGAGAAGCUUCAAAAGUUGGGAGAAGGAGAAGGUUCAAUGACCAAGGAGGAGUUUACGAAGAUGAAGCAGGAACUCGAGGCGGAAUAUCUGGCCAUCUUCAAGAAGACCGUGGCCAUGCACGAGGUCUUUCUGUGCCGCGUCGCUGCUCAUCCCGUCCUGCGCAAAGACUUGAACUUUCAUGUUUUCUUAGAGUACAACCAAGAUCUGAGUGUACGAGGGAAGAACAAGAAGGAAAAGCUGGAGGACUUCUUCAAGAAUGUGGUGAAGUCUGCAGAUGGAGUUCUGGUGGCUGGAGUGAAGGAUGUCGAUGAUUUCUUUGAACACGAGAAGACAUUCCUCUUAGAAUACCACAACCGCGUCAAAGACUCUUCUGCCAAAUCUGAUAAAAUGAUCAGAUCUCACAAAAAUGCUGCCGACGACAUCAACAGAAUCGCCUCCACGCUGUACACUUUAGGAACCCAAGACUCCACAGAUCUGUGCAAAUUUUUCCUGAAAGUAUCAGAGCUUUUUGAGAAAACAAGGAAAAUUGAAGCUCGCGUGGCGGCCGACGAGGACUUGAAACUUGCCGACUUGUUGAAGUACUACCUCAGAGAGUCGCAAGCUGCCAAGGACCUUCUGUACAGACGAGGAAGGGCGUUAGUUGAUUAUGAGAAUGCUAAUAAAGCGCUGGAUAAAGCCCGGGCUAAAAACAAGGACGUUCUCCACGCAGAAACCACACAGCAAGUGUGCUGUCAGAAGUUUGAGAAAAUCUCAGAAUCGGCCAAACAAGAACUGAUAGAUUUCAAGACGAGACGAGUAGCGGCGUUUCGAAAGAACUUGGUGGAACUGGCUGAGCUGGAACUUAAACAUGCCAAGGGAAAUCUACAAUUGCUGCAGAGCUGUUUGGGGGUUCUGAAAGGAGACACUUAGACUCUUGAACCGGGGUUCUCAGAAUAGGGCUUUCCCUGCUUUGGUCUCGUCUUCAUUCAGAGGAUGGAGGAGAGAACAUACCUGGGGUCAGUUUGUCUAAAGAGACGUCUGUACUUACCACUACCAGAGACACCAUACUCCCUCCACAACCCCCCUUAAAGUGAGGCAGUCCACUGUGGAAGAUCACCCGAUCCACACAGCACAAGAUAUACAACUUCAUUUAAUCACAGACUUUUAACUUUUAAUUGUUAAUUGUUUUUCACGGGAUUCGCUACAUCAUUACAAUGUUGUUUUUCUGUCCGGUUUGUUUCAUUUUUGUUUGUUUUGUUUUGCUUGUUUUGUUGUAAUCAAAGUUGGUUUUGGUGAUCUAUAAGUGGAUGCUGCUCAGAUAUCUUGUUCAAGUUGAGCUGAUUGUUAUUACAAUUAAACUGUAUGGUCACACAAAGCCUUGUAUAUGUUUGUGUUAGUUUUUAUCAUGUAGUUACCGGUCAUCAGACUAAUUUUCUGCUAAGCAGUAUUUUGUUUGUUUGUUUAUUCCUAUUUUUUAUUCCUAAUAAUGUUUCAGUAUGUUUGCCUUAAAAUGAAUAUUAAUACGAUAUUGUUAAAAGAAAUUAUACAUGGAUGCAUUUUUUCUCCAGACUUUUUUUUUUAAGUGCUCUGUAUAUGAAUGUUUUUCUCCACAAUAUGUGACCAAAGCUUCCAUUUACUCAGAUGGAGGAAUGAUGACAUAAACUGGUAAUAACAAUGAUAAGAUGACUAUAAAAAAAUAAAUGCUG